AUGUCGUCUUCUACUAUGAGAGGUGUGAAGGCUUUGCAAGAAGCCAAAGCAACCAUGGUUGUGGCUGCGGCUACAAUCAAUCACGAAUAUUCCAGUUCUGUGUCCAUGGUUGCCUCGAUGCUGUGGGCUGCAUCUGUUGUGGACAUAGAUCAAUCUCUCGACACACCUAUGGAGGAUUCCAAGGAAUCUCCCCAACUUGCUCUUCUGGAGUCAGAGGACCCUACUGGCAUUAUUACCAAGGGUGCAAACAACAAUUUUAUAACCCUUAUCCCUAAAGUUGAUGGUGCUAUGACUCUUGACAAGUUUCACCCAAUCUACUUGGGAAAUUUCCUCUACAAGCUUAUUUCGAAGAUCCUGGCCUCCCGUUUAUCAUCUUUUCUGCCCAUGAUUGUAUUUGAGGAACAAGGUGAUUUUCAGAAAGGUAAAGUUAUUUUUUCAAAUAUCUACAUUGUCUUUGAUUUGACAAAUUCUCUUCAUAAGAAAAUCUGUGGCGGUGGAAUUGGUCUUAAGCUUGAUAUUCAUAAAGCUUAUGACACGAUGAAAGGGCCGGUGGGUCCCUUUGGUGUUGAGAGGGGGCUUCGGCAAGGGGAUCCUGUUGCUCCUCUUCUAUUUAUUAUUGUGGAAGAAGUUCUAUGCCGAGGUUUCUCUGAUCUCAAGAACAAAGGGAUAAUCAAACCUUUGCAUGGUCCAAGAAGUGUUUCAAUGCCAUCCCACCUGUUAUUUGUUGAUGAUGUUUUCUUGUUUAUGAAUGCUGGAGUCAAAUAUGUGCAAAAUCUAAAGUCAUUCCUUGAUCAAUAUAAAAGCUAUUUAGGGCAGAAAUUAAACUCGAGGAAGAGUAAAAUGUUUUUGUGUAAUCUAUCUUCAACAAGGAAAUCAAGGAUUCAGGAUGUUAGCUGUUUCUCAAAUAGUUCUUUUCCAAUUAGAUACCUGGCGGUUGACAUUGUUAAAGGCAAAGUGAAGAAAGAUCAUAGCUUAUCCCUGGUUGACAAAAUUAAAUCAAGGUUUUCAGGGUGGAAAGACAAGCCCAUUUCCAUGGCAGUCAUUUCCAAUAUUUCAAUUGACAGCUUCUCAAUUUAUUGGUGGCCUACCUCCUUGAUCUCUUUGAUGGAGAGGUGGGCAAGGAAUUUUAUUUGGAGCAGGGAUCUAAAUCAGCCUAAAAGAGUUAUAGUGAAGUGGGAUAUUAUAUGCAAGCCAAGAGAGAAACAAGGCCCUUCUAUGCAAGCUCUGGUGGUCUAUCAAGACUUAUAA